CUCCUCUUUUUUGUCGUUAGGGCCAUCUAUGAUGCAUGUUUCCACCCGCUGGCCAAAAUUCCCGGCCCCCGAGCCGCCUCGUGGAGUAAUAUCCCAUACAGCUACUGGUUCCACAGCGGCCGCAUGCCCUACAAAAUCCUAGCACUUCACAAAAAAUAUGGUCCGGUCGUCCGAGUGGCCCCCAACGAGGUUUCGUUUAAUUCCCCGCAGUCAUGGAAUGACAUCUACGGUUUCCGCCCUGGCCACAAGACCUUCAUCAAAAGCGACUUCUACGAAGGCGGGCCGUUUGCGAGCCGCGGCGUGCACUCCAUCGUCAGCGAGCGCGAUGUAGAUGUGCAUGGGCAGAUGCGGCGGCAUCUAUCGCGGGCCUUCUCGGACCAGUCACUCAGCGAACAAGAGGUCCUAGUUUCUAAAACGGUCGACAAAUUCAUCCGAGCCGCAGGUACGCGAGGAGGUGGCACCGGCGGCUUUGAUAUCUGCAAGGGGCUGGAGAUGAUGACGUUUGAUAUUAUUGGAGACUUGGCCUUUGGCGAGACUUUUGGUGGCGUGGACAGUGAUCAACCUCAUCCUUGGAUCUCAAUCGCCAUGGGCGCCUUGCGCCAGGGGGCACUAGCAGACACAUUCAAGCGGUUCCCCCUCGCCGCGGACAUCUUCAUGAUGCUGAUGCCAGGCAAGAUUGCAAAGCUGACCGAGGAGACCAAGAAGAACGAGGACCUGGCCGUGGAGCUCACUGAAAAGAGAAUUGCCCGGCAAGAUUCGGCCCGCAAGGACUUCAUGACGCGUAUCCUGGAGCAGAGAGACCCGCAAAAGGUGUCGGACCUGCAGCUGGCAGCCCACGCCUCCGACUUUGUCAUUGCAGGCAGCGAGACAACGGCCACGGCGCUGGCGUGUGUGCUGUACCAUCUGCUCAAAAACAAUGCCGUCCUGGCGAGUUUACAACAUGAGAUCCGCAAGCAGUUUCGGUCCUACGCAGAGAUCAGUGCCUCAUCUACCCUAUCGCUGAAAUACCUCAGGGCCGUCCUUCUGGAGGGCCUCCGAGUUUACCCUCCCCUGCCUUUUGCACUGCCGCGAGAGGUGCCCGAGGGUGGUGAUACAGUGGACGGCCAUUUCUUGCCAGCCGGGACCAUCGUGAGCACGAACCCAGUUGCGGCAAGCCUCAGCCCCAGGAACUUUACUGAGCCUUUGGCCUUCAAGCCGGAGCGGUGGCUUGGAACGGAUCCACAGUCAGAGGAUAUUUUGGCUGCGACACAGCCUUUCUCCGUCGGCCCAAGAGGUUGUCUUGGCAGGAACCUGGCAUGGAUGGAAAUGCGCACGGUUCUGGCCAAGCUUCUGUGGACAUACGAUCUGGAACUGGUCAACACUGAGGUGGACUGGCACCGCGACUCCAGCAUGCUCACGUUGUGGAGAAAGCCAUCACUGUGGGUGAGGGUCAGCACACCUACCAAAAACGCUAGGUAA